GCCAUGGCCGGCCGGGGUUUCGGCGGCGGCCCGGGCCACCUGAACGAGGACAACGCGCGCUUCCUGCUGCUGGCGGCGCUCAUCGUGCUCUACCUGCUGGGCGGCGCCGCCGUCUUCUCGGCGCUGGAGCGGGCGCACGAGCGCCAGGCCAAGCAGCGCUGGGAGGAGCGCCUGGCCAACUUCAGCCGCGGCCACAACCUGAGCCGCCACGAGCUGCGCGGCUUCCUCCGCCACUACGAGGAGGCCACCAGGGCCGGCAUCCGCAUGGACAACGUCCGCCCGCGCUGGGACUUCACCGGCGCCUUCUACUUCGUGGGCACCGUCGUGUCCACCAUAGGAUUUGGGAUGACAACUCCAGCGACAGUAGGAGGAAAGAUCUUCCUGAUCUUUUACGGCCUCAUUGGCUGCUCAAGCACCAUCUUGUUCUUCAACCUCUUCCUGGAGCGCCUGAUCACCGUCAUCGCCUACAUCAUGAAAUCGUGCCACCAGCGGCAGCUCCGGAGACGAGGGGCCCUGCCCCAGGAGAACCUAAAGGACCCGAGAAAGUGUGAGGCCGACAGCCUGGCUGGCUGGAAGCCGUCCGUGUACUAUGUCAUGCUGAUCCUGUGCACGGCCUCCGUCCUCAUCUCCUGCUCUGCCUCGGCCAUGUACACCCCCAUCGAAGGGUGGAGCUACUUUGACUCGCUCUACUUCUGUUUUGUGGCUUUCAGCACCAUCGGCUUCGGGGACCUUGUCAGCAGCCAGAACAUCCAGUACGAGAGCCAAGGCCUCUAUCGCUUCGCCAACUUUGUCUUCAUCCUCAUGGGUGUCUGCUGCAUCUACUCCUUGUUCAACAUCAUCUCCAUCCUUAUCAAACAGUCCGUGAACUGGAUCCUGAGGAAGAUGGAUGGCAGGUGCUGCCGACAGUGCCAAAGGAGACUCUGGCCGUCCCGGAGGAACGCGGUGAUGCCAGGCAACGUCCAGAAGCAGGGCAACAUCUCCAUAGAAACGGAUGGGGUGGUGGAGAGUGACACGGACGGGCGCCGUCUCUCGGGGGAGAUGAUCUCCAUGAAGGACUUCUUGGCAGCCAACAAGGUCUCGCUAGCCAUCCUCCAGAAGCAGCUGUCGGAAACGGCCAAUGGCUGUCCCCACCAGGCCAGCUCCCGGGAGGAUGAGUUCUCCGCGGGGGUAGGAGCCUUUGCAAUAAUGAACAACAGGUUGGCAGAGACGAGUGGGGACAGGUAGACACGAGGAGCAGAUGCCGGGCCUGGAGGCCUGGAGCAGAGUGGAGGAUGAAGAACCAGCAUCCAAAGGACAAGCUCAGCUCCGCGCCCGGCUGGGUUCAUUCUGGAGCUGGUCCUGUUAGUCUCCUCAAGCCCAGCUUUAGAAAUCUAAUCUUGGCUCCAGCCAACAGCCACCUUCCAGGGCUGGGGGAACCAGAAGCCACAAGGCCUUUCUCUUUAUCUUUAUUCCUUAAGUUUAAAUUCAGUCUUUUAAAAAUGAAUCAUGAAAGCAGCAGCAGACAUGGCAUUGUUUCUAGACUGGUGUUGCUUCAGCAUUUUAACUGCCUAAGGCAGAGAGAAAGGUUUCACUUAAGCCUUGAUUCCCUGCUGCUCUAUUCUUCAUUUGGAAAUGAAAAUCCCGAGGACCCUCAUUUUUCCCUGGAACUCUGAAUGGCUGAAGUAAAAAAGGGGGGCGGGUGAGGUGUUCAUGAAUGUGUCUGGGCUUUCUUUUUAUCAGGCUUCUUUCAGAGCGGAUUCGUCAGUGGUGCCAUGAAAAGGAAAGUAUCUGUUCUACUCUGUACCUGCUUCUCUGGUUUUUGUUUUCCCUUUCUUUUAAGAUCUUAAUGCCUGACUAAGCUGUCUGUGGGACCUCAAUGUGAUAAGAAAACUAAACUCAACUUCAGGCCUUUAAACUGCAGCAAGGACGUGGGGGAGGGUGGGGGAGGGGAGAGGCUCCUUUUGUAACUAAAGAGCGUAGCUUAACAUUUUCUCUUCGAAUGGUCACAUA